GUUUCAAUGUCUACUACUAACAACAAAAGCAACAAACCUUUUCUAUUCCCUCGUGCUAACUCUACUCUCCUCCCUGACCCCUCCAAAUUCUUCUCUCCAAACCUUCUAUCCACACCCCUCCCUACUAACUCUUUCUUCCAAAACUUUGUUCUCAAAAAUGGUGAUCAACCUGAAUACAUCCACCCACACCUCAUCAAAUCAUCUAACUCGUCAAUUUCUGUUUCCUAUCCAACUCGUUCUUCCAACUCCAACGCCAUAUCUCAGGUCUUCAAACCUGAUCUCACAAUCACUUCCUCAAAAAAAGAUAGCCAAAAAGGUUCCAAUGGAAAACAUGUCAUUUCUUCCUAUAGUGAUCUCAGUGUCACCUUAGAUAUUCCUUCUACAAACAUGACUUUCUUUCUUGUUAGGGGAAGUCCUUAUGUCACUCUUUCUGUAACAAAACCAACCCCUCUUUCCAUAUCAACCAUCCAUGAUAUCAUUUACUUCUCUUCAAAUGAGUCUUUCACAAAGUUUACUAUUCGGUUUAACAACAAUCAAGCAUGGAUACUAUACUCUUCCAUAAAAAUAAAGUUGACUCACAGUCGUUCCGAGAUCACUUCAGAGGCCUUUUCAGGCACUAUUCGGAUAGCUUUGUUGCCGGAUUCUGAUUCAAAACACGAAUCUGUUCUUGACAGGUGCAGUUUCUGUUAUCCUGUUUCAGGUGGUGCUGUACUUAAAGAACCAUUUUGUGUUGAGUAUAAAUGGGAAAAAAAAGGUUGGGGUGAUUUGUUGAUGUUAGCACACCCUCUUCAUCUUCAGCUUUUAUCUGAGAAUGAUAUGAAUAAUGUUACUGUUUUGAAUGAUUUCAAGUAUAAAAGCAUUGAUGGUGAGCUUGUCGGUAUUAUUGGUGAUUCUUGGAUUUUGAAGACUGAGCCUGUUAAUAUUACUUGGUACUCUACACAGGGUGUGAAAGAAAAAUACCAUGAAGAAAUUGUUUCAUCACUUUUUAAGGAUGUUGAGGGUUUGAAUUCGUCCUCGAUAAAAACUACAACAUGUCAUGCUUUUGGAAAACUGAUUGCCAGAGCUGCAAGGCUGGCUUUGAUUGCUGAAGAGGUUUUUUUCUAUGAUGUCAUUCCAAAGGUUAAGGUUAAGAAGUUUUUGAAGGAAACUAUCGAGCCUUGGCUUGAAGGAACUUUCAAAGGAAAUCAGUUUCUGCAUGAUGAAAAAUGGGGAGGUAUUGUACAGUCAAGUGCUGAAAAUAGUUUAGCAAUUUAUAAUAAUCAUCAUUGCACAUUAGGAUACUUUGUUUAUGCAAUUGCUGUGCUUGUGAAGAUUGAUCCAGCAUGGGGUAGGAAGUAUAAAUCUCAAGCCUAUUCAAUAUUGGAAGAUUAUAUGAACUCGAGUGUAAAAUCGAACUCAAAUUACACGCGUUUGAGGAAUUUUGAUCUUUAUAAUUUGCAUUCUUGGGCUGGAGGGGUAACUGAGUUUCCAGAUGGAAGGCAUCAGAUGGGAAGCAGUGAAGCCGUUAACGCAUAUUAUGCUGCAGCCUUGUUUGGAAUGGCAUAUGGUGAUGCUCAAGUUGUGUCCAUUGGAUCAACACUUGCAGCAUUGGAAAUCUGUGCAGCAAAAAUGUGGUGGCAUAUUGAAAAGGAUGGGAAACUUUAUGAAAAAGAUUUUAUAAAAGAGAAUAGGAUCAUGGGAAUUCUUUGGUCUAACAAGAGGAGCAGUGAAUUAUGGUUUGCUCCAAGUGAGUGGAAAGAAGCUAGGCUUGGUAUUCAGGUGUUACCAUUGUUGCCUAUUUCAGAAACUUUGUUUUCUGAUGUUGAAUAUGUGAAGGAACUUGUUGAAUGGACAUUGCCUGCUUUGAAAAGAAAAGAUAUUGGUGAGAAAAUGAAGGGGUUUGUGUUUGCCUUGCAGGGAAUUUUCGACAAUGAAGUUGCAUUGAAGAAUAUAAAAAGCUUAAAGGGGUUUGAGGAUGGUAAUUCAAUGACUAAUCUCCUGUGGUGGUUACAUAGCAGAGGUUGAAGUGUUGAGA